AUGGCAGCAGCAGCAGCGAGAAGUUUCCCCACCAUCAAGGCCAUCCGAUCAUAUGUCAUAGAUGGCGUUGGAUCCGGAGGAGACUACCACAAUGUGGAGGGAGGGCACUGGCUGAUUGAUACUUCCAUAUCCACACCUAUGUCCCGAUGGGAGAAAUAUCGAGCUUCGAGAACGAGUUGGGGCAUUAAUGUCUUGGGCUCGUUCUGUGUAGAAAUUGAGGGGUCGGACGGCACAGUCGGUUUCGCAACUGGAUUUGGAGGUCCUCCAGCAUGCUGGCUGGUCCACCAACACUUCGAGCGCUUCCUGAUUGGUGCCGAUCCAAGAGAUACCAACCAUCUUUUCGAGCAAAUGUACCGAGGUUCCAUGUUUUAUGGACGAAAAGGACUCCCAGUAGCGGUCAUCUCGGUCAUUGACCUGGCGCUGUGGGAUUUGCAAGGAAAGAUCAGGGGCGAGCCCGUGUAUAAACUCAUUGGAGGAGCCACAAGAGAAAGACUGGAUUUCUACUGCACCGGGCCAGAACCAACAGCUGCGAAGGCAAUGGGAUUUUGGGGCGCAAAGGUUCCCUUGCCAUACUGCCCAGAGGAGGGACACAAGGGCUUGAAGAAGAAUGUCGAGUUCUUGCGAAAACACAGAGAAAGCGUCGGCCCGGAUUUCCCACUCAUGGUUGAUUGCUAUAUGAGUUUGAACGUCCCAUAUACCAUCGAGCUGGCCACAGCAUGCCUUGACCUGAAUAUCAACUGGUGGGAGGAGUGCCUGUCACCAGAUGAUACAGACGGAUUUGCACAAAUCAAGCGUGCCCAUCCCCAGCUCAAGUUCACCACCGGAGAGCAUGAAUACUCGAGAUACGGCUUCCGAAAGCUGAUUGAGGGCCGAAAUCUCGACAUCAUCCAACCGGAUGUCAUGUGGCUUGGUGGCUUGACUGAGCUUCUCAAGGUGUCUGCUAUGGCCUCCGCAUACGAUAUUCCAGUUGUUCCCCACGCCAGUGGACCAUACAGUUACCACUACGUUGUAUCUCAAACGAAUUGCCCGUUCCAAGAGUACCUCGCGAACUCGCCAGACGGAAAGAGCGUGUUGCCAGUUUUCGGAGACUUGUUUUUGGAUGAGCCAAUCCCAGUCAACGGAUACUUGGAUACUACUCAACUUGACAAGCCUGGUUUUGGAUUGACUUUGAACCCAGCGGCUAGAUUGAUCCCAGCGAAGUACCUGUUGACUCCCAACCCAGAACGGCCUUUGGGAACGCCAGCGAAAGCGAAAAAGAAGAUUGAAGAGAAGGCUGAGGGAGAAGGAUUGGUGAACGGUAUUGUAAAGGGAGUACAUGACCUGACGACUGCAUAG